ACAGUAGGGGUGUUUCAGUAGAGGAUAAGAGCAGGAGAUGAGGAUUCCCUGAUUCUAUCUUGUCUUUCCCCCCUCUUGAGUGGUAGUGAGUCAGGCCGGAUAAUGAAGUCUGCUCUCUGAUGUAAAGUAGGAAGUUUUUUACUGCCGGUACUGUUCAGCCGGAGAGAGAGGGUACAUGCAGCAGAGGGUCCCCCUCCUCAGAAGUGACAAAACAGGUGUGGCAUGGGAGGGGCGUGUCUGGUGAAUCAUAAUCAGGACAGACCUCUGGCUAACAUUGACUGGAAUCUGUGCUGAUUGAUAGAAAGAAGCUGAACUGACAGUAUAAAGUAAUGGCAGUGGUGAAGCAUUGUUAGAUAAGAAAGUUUAAUGUAUUAUUAUUUUUGUGUGAGGUUUUCCCUGCACUCUUGAGAUAGAGGAAUGUACUUUGUGUAAUUGUGAAGCUGGAACCAGACUCUAGCAGUUUGCAUCUACUUGCUAUGAUGCUCUGUCUGUGUUGAUAGUAUCAGCUGAUCCGUAAACAGCUGACAACCAGAGUGAACAUUAAGAGUGACUACAGGGGACAUGGCAUGUUUGGUACAGAACUCUUCCUCUGUGGAAUUAUCACAUGGGCCAAAGAGAAUAAAGAAGAAUUGGGACACAAGUAGCAGUGGCAGUUGGUCCCCCCUUUAUGGGGGAGGGACUUCACUAGACCAAGAGGCCAUCCAGUACAUACACAAGUUCUAUUGCAAAGAUUGCAGAAUGGAAGCGGAGAAAGCAGAAAAAGAAAAGGCAGCCCUAGGGGGUGAGGGGCAGGUUAAAGGGGAGCCAGAACAGAUGUCCCCCACCAGCCCCCAGUCCACUCUGGAGGAGAUGUCCCUACAACAAAGCAUGGACAAAAACAAAGAAUCACUUAAACGGAAACUAAUGAUGAGGCGAUCUGUGAAUGAACUGGUAGACCAAGGAAUUUAUCCUCCAUUGAGUACACCAGCUGCAUUUGCUGAACAGAGAAGACAUUUAGAAAGAGCAAAGACUGGUGACCUACUCAGACACAAAAUCCAGCACCGCCCUGAUCGACAGGUCCUUGUACAGCAGCACAUUCUAGAAGACACCAAAAUUGAUCCCUCCCUACACGAGCGACAACGUAAGCUGAAGAGAGCUCGAAUCGCUGAUGAUCUGAAUGACAAACUCUCUCACAGACCAGGCCCACUGGAGCUAGUAGAGGGCAACAUUCUACAGACAGACAAUGAAACUUUCAGGACAGCUCUUCAGGCUGGAUCAAUAAAAUUCAACAGAACAUUUGAUGAGGACUCAGAGUCAAAUCUGGGAUUUGAGGAUGAAAGCACAACAACCAGUGAUGGUGUCCCCUCCCCAUGUGAUUCCAGUAUGUCCGAUAUCUGUAGUCCCCCCAUCAUACCCCCAGCCCCUGAGCUACCAGCUGCCCUGAAGUUCCAACAGUUGGGAACCCUCCCCAGUACAUUCACUUCUGGGGUAACACUGACUAAUGUGACAGGAGUAACAGGAGCUAAUGCUUUGACUUCAUUUGCCAAAUUGUCACCCAUUACAACUCAAUCAUUCAGUGUUACAAGUACUGCCCCUGUGAAUUCUAAUGGAGUGGCCAUUUUGAAUGGAACAACAACUAAAUUGGGCAAUGGACACAAUUCUUCUAAUGCUAAUAAGAAUAGACCUAAGAAACCAAAACCGAAAGCUCAACCAAAAACAAAAGUGAUUAAAUUUCAUGAGUACAAAGGACCUCCGAAUGUUGUGAAAACUCAGCCUGUUCCUCCUCAGUCCAGUAGCUCCUCUUCUGAGACUCCCUACCACAUCAUGCUACAACAGCAGCAGUUGUUUCUACAGUGGCAAUUAGAAUUUCAGUCAAAGAAUGCUACAACAACACCUGGACGACCAGUAGUGGUGUCGACUCAGCAGACGGGGGCGGAGCAGCCAACUACCAUACAAAUGCAGACAACAAGUAGCAGUGUAGGGGUAGUCCCAGUGCUGACUUCACCUGUUGUGACAUCUUCAACCAGUACUGUGAACACGCAGACCACCAUGCAGGGACAGCCUCAACUGGCUUCCCCUCCAAUACAGACAAUAGUUCAACAGGCAGUGAAGCCUGCACAAACCACAGUUCUUCACACACAGCCACAGGUUCAGGUUCAUACUCAACUCCAGGGACAACCCAUGGUGCAGACUCAGCCACAGAUUUCUCUUCAAGCUCAGCCAGGAAUUCAAGUGCAAUCCUCUGGACAUUCAACUGUUCAGAUUAAGUCCCCUGUGGUGGCUAAGCCAGCUCCUAUUGUGACUCAAUUGCAAAGCUCCCUCCCAGUUCAGUCUUCACCAGCUCAAAGCAAACCUCUUGUUCAGACAAAGAAAGUCAUGCAAGGCCAGCCACCAGUGCAGUUGCAGUCCAUUAUUCCAGGAAAGCAACAACAACAGAAAACUGCCCAGAGAGCAAGGCCUGUGCUACAGAACACUAAAAAUUCCCCUGGAAAUAUAACUAAACCUCUUGUAAAUCUGGAGGACAUGAAAGUGGCUGAAUUGAAGGCUGAACUUAAAAAGCGAAAUUUGACUGUUUCUGGUGCUAAACCUCAGCUGAUUGAGAGGUUGAAACCAUAUUUAGAUGUUACAAUAUCACCAGGUUCCUCUGCAAAUAAUUUAGCAGACAUGAAGAGGUUACCAGUCCGUGGUGUUGUGAGUGUUCAACCUUUAUCCAUGUCAACGUCAUCACCCGCAAUUCUUUCAACCUCAGAUGAGGUAGCUAUGUCAUCCACAUCACCUCCUAUAUCACCAACGAUCAAAGAUAAGAUCUUUAAUCCUUUGUCACCAGAGGUGAUGGACAUCGCUCCUCCCACUAGUGUCCUAACAGCUCAGAUGAAGAGCAGUCUUCACUCAGCUAGCACUGGCUCUAUACCUAUGGCUGUGGACAACUCCCGGCCUCCAUCAGUCAACCCAGACAUCGCCAUGGAUGUGGACAAUUCUCUAGAUUUUUCGAAUUUUAUUGAUUUAAAUCAAGCAAAUUCAUCAGCUACAUCAGUCCCUCCUACAGUUACACUUACAACAACAGUUGCAUCCAUUCAUUCAUCCCAACCAACCAAUGUGACCAGUCCAACAGUUACAUUGGACAAUACAACCCAAGCAUCACCACAACAUGUGCAGGAGGAAAUCCUGCAGCAACAGAGAAUAAAAAUUGCUCAACUUCAACAGCAGCUGGAAGAAUCUCAGAAGAUCUUACAACAGCAGAUGCAGCAACAGCAACUGCAACAGCAGAUGCAGCAUAAUCCCCGCCAGACAACAACACCACCACAGGCAACACAACAACCUACUUCCCCACGACAGAUACACCAGAUUGUGCAGCAACCUGCAUCCCAAGCUCAUAGUAUACAAGUAAUACAGAAACCCACAUCACCACAGAUACAUCUUGUCAAACAGCCCACAUCACCACCACAGUUACAGCAGACCUCUCCCAUAAUGCAACAGGGGCAGCCACUCUCACCACCACAGCUCCCACAACAGGUACAGAUCAUACAUGCACCCACUGGACAACAACACACAUUAAAUGCCAUCAAGAUAGAGACAGACUGCAAAGCACCACAGCAACCAAACACAAAGAUGGUACAGAUAGGUGCUCCUCAGACUAUAUCUCUGGUGGACAGCUCAGGUCUACCCUUAACAAUACCUGUUGUAUCUCAGGGGAUGCAGUCUAUCCUAAUGCCUAACUUGGUGGACAAAACAACCAAACACAACCUGGAAAAUUUUGUGGUGAGCCAUGGACUGAACAGGAGUUUGAACAUUGCCACAAAGCCAAGCACCAGUAGCUCAUCAGUACAACAGGCAUUCACUGGGCGGACCAUUACGCUGUCCCCCAUUAAUGGCAUCAGCUCAAGCAAAACAACAUCACUGCCAUCUUCCCCUGUGGAAGGAAAAAGUCAAAUUCUGCGGACAACCUCUAACCCCUUCUUUGUUCCGAUGAGGAAAGAACCUCCUAAUUAUGAUGAUGCAGUAAAAAAUCUGGCUAAUAAGGGUCAGAAUUUAUCUUUGGUUGAUAACAAUGUUGCCCCGAAGACUUCUGUCAAAAGUCAGGCUAUGGAUGAUGUUCUAGAGAUUCUCAUAAGGAAUGGAGAACUGCCCCCUAGUGCAGCCCAGGAACCUCCACCAACCCCCAAGACACAGACCUCCUCCAUCAUCACAGCAACAUCUGAAAAAGAGGUGCCUUGUUCGAAAUUCAAGUUCUCCAUUUUUAAUGCUUCUACAGCUGCCACUACCACUACAGUCAGUGCUAACUUGGCGGCUGACACUAGGGAUGUGUAUUCACUGCUGAAUGGACCAAUUACUGCCACUCCCUCAGUGGCUGUAAAAAGGGAGUGUGAUACUCCACCUUCAUUUGUUUUAAAUGAACAAACUGACAGCAAAGACUUAGGUCUGGACAUUCAGGAAAUGCUGAACCAGGACCUAACCUCAAUGGACUGGGCAGACGAUGCCCCAUUUUCACUAGACCUCACUGAUACCUCCACCAUGCAAACAGACCAAGACAAAAUGGGAACCUCAAAAGACAUCCUAAGUGUGCCAACCGAUGAAAAUUCUAAAAACAAUUUGCAUGGCUCAGAGCCAGAUCUAGCAGCCUUGGGAAUAAAUGACACAGAGAGUGUGAAUAUGGAUGUUUCUGAUUGGUUGGAUGUCAUCAUGCCCUCCACUGGUUUGACCCCCCUUAGUGCUAAUGCCCCUGUGCAGUUCCCUUCGGACCCCAUACUCACUCCUAAGACACAGCAGGAGGUGCUGGACCUCUUUAGUUUUGAGGAAUGUGAGUUUGGAACACCAACAGACUUACAGACAGGGAUCAACUGGGAAAAGUUAACCAGCUCUUCAAAUUAGAGGUUUAUAGAAUAAACAAUGGAUGAUUUGAGCAAUUGAGAAUUGGGUUUGAACUUGGUUGUCGAGUUCUACAUGUAUAUGUUAAGGAUUCUCCAUAUUAUUUUGUAUGUAAUUGUUAUUGAUUUAAUUUAACAGUUUUAUGGUGUGAUUAAUAUAUAAAAUGCUCUUUCAAGCUUGGACCAAUUUUAAGGGAGACACACAUCAGAAUCUUCUGGAAAUCUUAUAGAGUAGUUUUUACAGUAUAAAAUACAAGGUUCGACAAUGUUAAAGACCAACAGAAUUGUUAGAAAAGGUGUGCAUGUAUUUGAAUUUUGACUUUUAUAGCUUAUUAUCUUUGGCAGUUUUGCCUUUUCAAGCUUUUUGCAGUGCUCUUUUUGAGAUUAAAGCCAUAUAUUAAUGUUUUUUUUCUAAUAUUGAAUUGUAUUUUUCUUGGAUUUUUGAAUUCAGUCACUGAUUUGGACCUCUCUAUAUAUAGCUGUAGUAGGAGUGUGUCCCCUUCCUUCUUGUUCAGUAAAACAUUGACUGCAAAUCAGCUGCUAUGUGUUUUGGGUCCACAUAUAUAUCGGAUUGUUUACAUAUUGCAUUGAAUCUAUUUAUAGCAGCAGGUGUGCAGUCACUGUGUUACUUAGCUCUUUUUAUCAUGUAUCAUUUUACACAAAAUUCAUAGCUGUGUUCAAAUGCAUUCCAUCCAGCAAACCUUGACAGAAUUCUACACCCCCACCCAGCAUCGUGGAUUUACCAGUUUCUGUUCACUGUUAUGGGGACCAUAUUAAGAACCAAAAUCUUCCUCAAAGUCUGCAAAUUUACCUGAAAUUGAUUCUGAAGUAAUUUGCAGACAUUCUGAUUUAUUCAUUUGUUAUAAAGAAUCUUUAAAUCAUUUACAUAACACAUCUCAAAAAAACGCUUGAGUAAUUUAGAAUGGGACUUGCUUAACUAGAGAUCUUUUUAUUGGUUUAUAAUUUUUGAAAAAUCUUGGACAUUAUUAGUUGUAAUUUGGAAGGGGGGUUGAUGUUUUGCCAAAAAUUUUUUAGUCUGUGGUAUAGGAGAGGAAAAUUAUUUGAAAAUUAAUGGUUCAGAGAACUUGUUUGAUACAUUCCCCACUCUGGUAGCCCCACUUUGCACAUUUCCUUAUCAGAGAACAAAACACACCCUCUUUUCUACAUUCUAUUUAUUAUUAUUUUUUUGUGAAUUUCAGUAGUAGAUAAUGAUAGGACAAGCAUAUUUUAUGAGACAUGGAUAGAGUAUAAAACUGGGUGGAACUUGUUUUCAAAUACAAAAGGGCAAUUUUUUUUUUGUAUGUUCACUUUUAAGAGGGCACCUAUUCCUGACUGAUUUUAAAGUGCUGUAUAUUUAUUUGAUUACACUCAAUGUGCUACAUUCAUUUCACCCUAUUCUUACACAGCCAUUGUAAUAUCACCCCAAUGCUUACUAACAGUGGUCUUCUACUAUUUUAUGUGUUAGAAAUUUGAAUGUUAGUAAAAAUGUACUUGGAUUAAAACCAGCUGAUAAGAAUAAGUGCAAUAGAACUUGAUCAUUAUUUGUGAGUUGUUGUUCUGUUAUUUCUUUUUUGAUGUUCUAUAUUGAACUGGAAACAGAUCCUAUUGAUAACUGAAUUCUAAAUAUUGACUCUGUCAGUCAGAACAGGGCUUCACAGUGUAACAAAUCGGAUAAAUGUGUGCUUUGUAAUAGUAGUCAGGCAAAAGAAAGAUACUGUAAAAAUUCCUGGUUCAUGAAUUUAUUGUUGAUAAGUGAUGUAGAGUAGACAACAUAUAAUUGUUUUGUGAGAAAUUAUUUAAUGGAGGAUAAUUUCAGUAGAAAGGUCUUCCAGAAUUUUUCAUUUGCCAGUUAAACCCACAACCAACGACUGUUUAAACAUCUAAGUGCCUUCCUUUAAUGCUUGUUAGAACAUAUUACUGGUACCGGUAUAUGAUUGUUAAAGAGUUGAAAUUUUAAAGUCUGAAGUUUCAGUUCUACUAUGUAAAUUUCACAAUACUUUUCAGGUCUUAUGCCUGUCCCAGAGAUGGAUAAAUGAUAUCAUUCCAUUUGUCAAGAAUUUUACUUCUUCUGCCCUAUUUGGUAUUAAGCUAAUAACACAGCAUCAAACUUUGUCAUACAAUUUCUUAAUUUACAUAUUAAACACAAAUUCACGUUCAAAUUCUGCAGAAUUGAAGAAAUAUUAUCCAGUACAUUUUCAAAUGAAUGUAUUUCGAUUGGCUAACAUUUUACAAAUCAUAUUUUAAACAUGGCACCUUCAGGCUUUCAAUUUUUUUUCGAUUACCGGUAAAAUGAAAUACUGGGUAAUUUUAUUCCAAUAUUAUGUAUAAAAAUACAUUCAUUAAAUUGUAUGAAAAAUUGGUCUGGGGCAGGUCAUGCCCAUCAUGGUUCUGCAUGGUUCUUUCAAAAUUACAUUUUAGUAAUUUAACAGGUAGAACAAAUAUAUUUAAAUACACUAAAAUAACUGCUUUACUCAGUGUAGUUAUGUAAUGUGUUUAUGUAUAUUAUACUGUAUAGAAAUGAAAUUUUCAUUAUUACACAUACUUAAAUCUGUUUUAAAGUUGAUGACUUUCAAGUUAAUAGACAUUCUCUGUGAUUUACUUCUUGUACAUACUGUAUAGCUAUAAAGGUUUUACGUUAAGUUGAUAAUUUACAUGGAGCAGACAUUAGCUCAUGCAUCAAACAUAGAGUUUUUGAAUUAUGCGUGUUAAUUGCUGUGUGUAUGUACACAUAGAGUAAUAUAUUCACAUUGUUAGAUCACAUUUAUUGUUGGAGUUUCUUUGUGAUGAUUGUUGUUUAUUUAUUUUGUAUCUGUCAUUUUCAACUGACUUUAAAAACAUACAAGCACUGAAUAUUGAUGUUACGUUUGGAUCUUCUAAGACAAAACAGCAGUAAUCAUGAAAAGUAGACCUUCUCUCACAUCAGGUUUCUUCACGGAUUUCUUUUGAUGCUAUCUUUUCCCCCAAAAUUAUGCAUUUAAUUAUGAGUGUAAAAAGAUGAAGAAUUGCCAUUUCUUAGCACUUCUUGUAUUUUGCUAAAGCUGUAAUUUCUUCCUAGGAUAAGCAAAAUGCUAAUUCCUGAUUAUUUUUCUUAACAAUUCUUAUGGCAGAUAAUUAGGGAUAUUAUUUCUGUUUACAAUAAAUUGUAAUAGCAGUUUAUCUGCUAAAGGUCAUAUAUCCUUAAAUCAACAAUUUUACUUUCCACAGUUCUACUCAAGGUCAUUUCUCAGAUGUCAAGGUCAUUCUGGGUAUAUAAACUGUCCAUUGAUAUGGAUUAGCUUUCAGUAGAAUUUCUGUGUAUGACCUGAGGUUGUGUGUAACAUUUACUUUGGGAUAAUUCUGCAAGGUCCUUAAGGUUUUGUAACUCAGAUCUUUUCUGAAACCUUAAUCUCGUUAAGUAAGCAAGCAUCUGGGAUCAUCCAUGCAUUUGACGGCUUCAGUAUAUUUCCUUUAUGUUAGGUAAAGUCUUAUUUUAUUCUCUGUAGUAUUAUUGACAUUCCGACUGAAAUAUUUUUUAUCUUUCUCUCUCUCUCCUGGUUUGCUAUGUUUUUUUGCUUCAUAGUCAAAGCUUGUAUUGUGAGAGAAUCCCCGUACUUAAUCCCCAGGUUGUUGUCUAGAACAUAUCAUUUACAUGUGGUACAGCAGCUCUUUGUAUUUUGCAUGAUUAGUAUUAUGCUUUUAGUUUUAAGAUUAAAAGCCUUCACUAACAUCUUUUUCUAGUAGUGCUGUUAAGUAAUUUUAUCUUGAAAUAGGUAGUUCUUAUAGAAUUAUUGAAAGUAAUUAAGUUAGAUCACAUGCCCCACAUUGCUUACUAUACCUUUGAUUAAUGAAAGGAUAAUCAAUGUACACAAUUGAAGGUUGCAGUUAAUGUGAAAGAUUAUUUUGAAAUAAAUGGUCAUUUUUUAGUUAUUGUUUUAUAAAUAAUGAUAUUUGGCCAAAAAUCGAUGUUAAACAAAAGUGAUCCUAUUUUAAAGGUUAAGCAUUGUUUGUUAUAGAGCCUGUUUAAGACUGCUAGUGUCCUAAUUGUUAAUCACACUGUGAUGUUGUGAAAACCCUUUGAGGUAUUCUCUUUAAAGUCAUAUGUUUGUGCCAAAUAUGUUGUAGAUAAAUAGAUCUCACAUUCAUGUCACCAUGAAUGCUGUGGAUAUUGACCCCUUUCUGUUGUGUAUAUAGUAAUUGUGGUAACUGCAACAUGCACCUGACGUCAAUAGCACUCUCUGCUUUGUCCCCAGUUGAGUUGUAUGUGGUGGCUAGUAUAAUUUUUUUUUGUACAUACCUUUGACUUUGAUAUCAUACACUGUACAUGCUGUCUUAAAGACCCAAAUAAACUCAGCUUGAUGUUA